AUGGAGCGUAACAUAACAGAUAGCAGAGAUCGUUAUAAACAAGGACAAACAAAAGCUUCGUUAUCAUUGCAACAUUUUUUGGGAGUUGAAACGGGUUUUACUCUAGACAAGGAAUCUAACACAAUAGCGAUAAUAUGUCAAGAUGUAACGGUUGUCCUAGCUUUCGACACUCGCGAAAGAUUGAUUCAAUGGCAAGUUAAAAUUUCCUGUAAUUUGGGAGAAGAUCAACAGUUUUUAGUUUUGGUAUCCCAAGCACCAUCAAAAGCGAAAAUAUCAACCGGACCCGCGAGACUCCAUGUUCAAGAAUUGAAAUUUAGCAUGACGUCGGGAGUACCACCUCGUUUAAUUGGUUUUUGGGAAAUCGGUCAUUUGAGACGUUAUGGAGUUGUUGAAGGAAGAUUUUGCUUCGAGGGUGGUUCCCGAUGUGGGAAAGGCGAAGGAUUGUACGUUGUUGUGACGGAUCAAGGUGCAGAAAUCACGCGAACUUUACAAAUGGCCGCACAGGGAAAAUUAACGUCCCGACGCCGUCAAGUUGUUCGAAAAACUUCUGUGACCGAUAGCCCGAGAAAAUUACUUCAUUCCAGACAAGAAAAUCGAGUUCCCGAUAACGUAAAUGAUAAUCAUAAUGAUUUCAACGAUGGUGAUUUACAUAAUCAGGCAGAGCAAAACGGCUCGCCUUAUUGGUCUAUAGAAUCCAGACCCACGGAUCUCGAUAGUAAUUACGGUUGUGGAGACACGGCUUCCGUCCAUAUGCAUCAGGAUAAUGCUUGGCCCCACUCUAAUGAAAAAGGUUUACCUCCUUCUUUGGAGAGAUGCGUUAGUUGCAUCAGCAAGUUAGGCGCUCCGACUUUAUCACGUUCCUCUACUGCUAAUACGUCCACACUAUUUAAUCCGGCUUGGACAAUGGAACCUAUUCCAGUUUGUUCUCAUCAAAAUCCUGUUUGGGCAUCGGGAAGCGAUCGUGCAUCGGUUUCUUCUCACGGUACGGGGAGCAGUGGAAAUUCUGAAUACUCCGUGGCAAGACACUUUUGUGAGAAACAGAUAGAUAAUAGAAAUACAACACAGAUUUGUCCUCCGUUGCCUCCGAAAGUAAUAAAUUCCGCAGUCUCACAAACGUCGUCUACUUGUAACUGCACCCCUCCGAACAGGCCUCCAAAACCUGUUAAAGAAGCAUUAAAUACAAUGUCUCCGAGUAGGAAAAAAAUCAAAAAACCUCCGAUGCCCUUACCCGAAAAGCCUAAACCGGAAAACGAAUCGCCUGGACCCUAUGAAAAUUAUGAUACGCCUAAAAAUAUAUCAAAUAUAUGCGACAAACAACCACUACACGAUCCAAGCAAUAGAUUAUCGAUGUCUCCGACGCCGUGCGAACAUUACGACACUCCGAGAAACAUAAAAGAAAUAAUGAGUGCCAAUGAGGUGAACAAUUAUGGGAAUUACGACAUUCCACCUCCGGCCAAAACAAUUCGAAAACCUUGCGGCUGUGUUGUAACUUUUGCAAGACAAGCGACGGAUUCUGACAAGAAAUCCGAGUGUCCUUGUCAAAGAGUUCUCUGUUGGGCUGAAAACUGGAUGAUACUUCCAUAUUGCAGAAGGGGUCACGGAAUAGAUAAUAAUUCAGUACCCAUUCAUAAAGUGAAAUUAAGCGGAGAGGGAAAAAUGCCUGUGGUAAAUCCUAGUGGAGAAUUGGCCAUCUACGCAACAAUCGAUAAAGCAAAAAAAUUAAAUAGAAAAUUGGUUGAUGAAGAGGAAAGCUCUAACAAGCAGAAAAUGAAUUAUGAAAAUAUAAUAAUACCGAAUAAGGAAUGUGAUGAAAAAAUAUCAACAAAUUAUGAAAACAUAGAAUUUGCUCAGUCGUUAGUUUUUUAUGAAAAUUCGAAAGACCUCAUACACAAAAUCGGAAUAAGUCAAGAAGAAUUAGAAAAAUUGAGUGAAAACGUAGAAAAAGAAAGUGAAGUGACUUUUUCACUAAAUAACGGCGUAAAAGUUUGUAAUAAGUGCGGUCAUGCUUGUGAGACGAAUCCGGACAAAAAAGACGAUAAACCCCCGACAACAAAAAUUAACGUGGAACAAGAAAAUUAUUUAGUAAUGAAUUCUUUUAAAGAAGAAAACAAUGCCUUUGAAAAACAAAAACCUGUUCAAUCCAAUUUCCCCGGGUAUUUGCCAAUGUUUCCAGGUAAUAAAGCGGAACUUAUUAAGCUUUUGGGUGACAGAGGAUUUCCUGUUGAAAAGUCUGCCAGUGUAACUAGUCUGCCAAUUAUUCAAAAAGGAAAGAAAAGAUCUGAAUCGGAAGUUAGAGUUCCAGGUUCGGCGAUGAUGAUUGCACCUUCGGGUAAUCUUCACACUAGACGAAUUAUCGAUGUUGAUGACGAUAGAAAAAAAUUAGUUACAAGGAGGAGAUCGAGUUCGGCAGAUUCGUCCAGAUAUCUCGAAGAUUACGAUGAAACGGAAUCGAGGUGCAGUUCUUUAUCUUCUCCGUGCAAAAUACCAAACGCUAAAUUAAAAGCAACAUCAAAUUCUUUGACAUCAUUGCCUUACCAAAGUCCGAAAAAAGAAUUAAAUGAUAAAAAUAAAGAUGGAACUGACGUUGCUGAAGAAGACUUAUGUGAAAGAACAAUCAUUGAAAAUGGAAUCGCGAACGAAGAAGACUGCAGCAGUUCUGGUUCAUUACAAACGUUAGUGCACGAGAGUUUAAAAGAAGGUGCGACUUCAAAUGCCGUAUACAUUCGACGUUCUUCCAGUGUUCCCUGCAAAGCUGGAAAUAAUAGAGACAGUUCUAGUUCAAACGAUUCCGGCGUAUCGACGGGAUCACUAAAACAGAGAGGAGAUUUUGAAUUCGAACUACCCCUCACGACUGCCAUGUCAACGAAAAGACAUCAAACCGUUGCUCAAAAACAUUUAGGAAACGGGUGUCUCCACGCUUCACUUCCUCGCAGAUCAAAAUCGUCGGAUCCGUUGCGGGAGCUCAGUUUUCAAUUUCAAAUGACAAAAAUCCCAGCAAAAUCAUCUUCGGCGGAAGCGGAGGUUCCCGUUUGUACGACAAAAAAAGUACCGUACAUGGACUCCAGAAGCACAAGCAGCGGAACUUCCGAUAUGUCGGAUUACAUAGAAACUCUUUCGUUGUCUUCCCACAGUUCUUCGGAUGCUCCCGAUUCGUUUCCAAGAAUAGCCGCAACAACUCUUAGACCACGUUCGGGUAACGAAUAUCAUAAAAUCGAUCGCUCAAUAUUAAAUGGAGAAUUUGUUAAAAAAGGACAUUAUGCAAAUAUAGGUCCACUUCCAGAAAAGGCUGAAUCCCCAUCGCCCGGUUACAUGAGUAGUUCACCUGCACACGAAGUGCAAUACACGGACUUUUAA